GCGGGCGCGCCCCCAUGCGGGUCCCGGGCUGGGGAGCGCCGGCGGCAGGCGGGAGCCGGGCGGCGGCCGGGCGGUGCUCUCCCGCCGCCUGAGUGGGCGCGGCGCGGGACGGCGGCGCGGGGUGCCGGGAGCCAUGGGCUAUUGCAGCGGCCGGUGCACGCUGGUGGCCGUGUGCGGCGCGCAGCUGGUUUCUGUGCUCGAGAGGCAGAUAUUUGACUUCCUUGGUUAUCAGUGGGCACCCAUCCUCGCAAAUUUUAUACAUAUUAUUAUAGUCAUUCUUGGCUUAUUUGGAACCAUCCAGUAUAGACCUCGUUACAUAACAGGAUAUGCUGUCUGGCUGAUCCUUUGGGUUACAUGGAACGUGUUCGUUAUCUGCUUCUAUUUGGAGGCUGGAGACCUUUCAAAGGAAACAGAUCUCAUUCUGACCUUUAACAUCUCAAUGCACCGUUCCUGGUGGAUGGAGAAUGGGCCAGGCUGCACCGUGACCUCAGUAACCCCAGCACCGGACUGGGCACCAGAGGAUCAUCGUUACAUCACUGUCUCGGGGUGUUUCCUUGAAUACCAGUACAUAGAAGUGGCUCACAGCUCUCUUCAGAUCUUCCUUGCACUGGCAGGCUUCAUCUAUGCCUGUUAUGUUGUGAAGUGUAUUACUGAAGAAGAGGACAGCUUUGAUUUCAUAGGUGGAUUUGACUCUUAUGGCUAUCAAGGUCCACAGAAGACAUCUCAUUUACAGCUGCAGCCCAUGUAUAUGUCAAAGUAAAUAUGGGGACUAUUCAAGGUGGGCUAGAGGACCUGUUCAAAAAUCUCUUUCAGGAUGGCCUCCUGGUUCUUCAAAGAGAAAAGAAAUUCCAUUUUUGUGCUAAAAAUAUUGUAUAAAAGCUGAUUGAACAGUGAGACAGAAAACAGAGACCUGCAGCCUCUCUUUCUAACAGGUACUAAAGGAGACGCCCCAGAACCCCUCCUUGAACCUCCUGCCUCUCAGCACCAGAGGGACACAGCAGAGGCAUUGGUGCCACCUUUUGUCCCCUUUUUUUCCCUUGGCCACCGCCAGCACGGCCCAUCUGGAUUAAGACAUGAACCCAGCCCACUCAGUGCUGUGGGAGCCUCCUCCACACUCCGGGCCGCGUUGAGUCUCCUCAGUCAACAACACUGAAACACCAGGAUGACCUUGCAGCAGAAGUCAAUAGACAGCGCAUUGUUUGCCCUGAAGGCUGUACAGUUCAUACUUGCCUUAACCCAACUGCGUUGCACAUUAGAGAAACUACGUGCAAGCUUUCUGAAGUUAACAUGCUGCUGUUAAUUCUGAACGAUUUCUAAGUCAGUGGUUUUCUUCUGUUUGGUUUUGCUUUGUUUUCAUGUCAGGGAAUAAGGCUCUGUUGCUCCAUGGCUCCAGAGCAACCAAGUAGAAAACUGCCAGCUGUCUGAUAAGUGCUUUACUUUUGGGGCUCCACAAUGGUCAAGAAAUAGUUUAUAAUGAUUAAAAAGAAAAAUAAAUAAAGAAAUAACUGAGAACCUUUUGGGGUCAAGAUGAGGAAAGGGGUAACAGAAACUAAUAAUUGAACCUACUGGAAAUAAGCAGCAGAAACAGUGCUUCUUAAUCCCGCUGGUUUUAUUUAUCGCACUGUAGGUGCUUUUAUAGCUAUCUCUAAACAUCUUUUACUAACUACAGAGACAUCUGCAGAUUUCUAUGAACAAAGGCCAACUGAAUAUGUACUAUCUAUGUUUACUCUUUUAUAUCUGAUUUCAACUAAAAAUUCUCUGUAAGUGAGCUUUUUUUUUUUCCUAAUUGCACCAUAAGGGAUCCACAUAUUUUAUUUCUUGAUUUUGGUUGGAGAGGGCAGGGAGGGACUAGUUGAGUUGAAGAAAUACUGAAGACCUUUUUGUGGUAUAUUUGGGGGAUCUGUUGUGUGUUAGAACGUGUAUUUUAUCUUCCUGUAUUAUUGUGGCUGAAAAAAAACCCUCUGUGCUGUUACGUAGUUGGCAACAAGAUGCCUUUGGGAAUUUUGCUAGUAGGUCAAUGUGUAUAUGAAAUACUCUGAACUCCUAGGAACAUAUGUUUUAUUCUACAUCUGAUCUGUACUUUCAAGAACGUAGAUGGCUUUCACUAGGAAAACCCAAUAUUUUGCUCAGGUUUUUCAGAAACUUGGAUUGUCAUUGUUUCUUUGCUCAGACCUUGCAUAGACAAACGCACGCACCUGCCACACCUGAGGUGACCAUGUAGCUUUUGAGGGCAAGAGGGAAGGUCAGCGCUUGGAAAUGCUCAAGGCAGCCCUGAGCAAGUCCCUUUUCCCUGCUGGCCAAACCCUUGCUCCAGCAGCCUCACACCACUCACCCAUCCCUGUACAAGCCAGUGCCCUUUGCUGUGUCUGCAUGGAUGUACAGUGUCACAAGCAGCAACUCUGGACAAUGACAGAGGAACAGGCAUUCACCAGUGAAAACAAGACACGGGACAUGUUCAGGAACUAUACCUACAUUGAUUCAGUGAGAUUUAUAUAGAUAUAGAUAUAGAUAGAUAUAUAUAUAUGUAAGUGUGUGGAGGUGUGUGUAUGUCUAUGUAUAUAAAAUACACAGGACUAACUAUUUUGGGGGCUGCAUCACCCAGGAAGAUUCUGAUGCAGUGGACCAAGGGUUCCCAUCUCAGAUACUGCUGGGAAUUUCAUGCAUGAAACAUGAAUGUCCCCUAGGCCUGAUCCUGUAAAGUAUUCAUUGCUGAUUUGGAUCUCAAAUUUAAAUUUUCAUACUUGAGUACCUGAAAAUAUGAGUUCCUACUGGGUAGAGAUGCUUUUCAACCCUUGGAAACCCCAUGCAACUUCCAAGUGACAGGCUGAAAUUUCCCAUAACUUGCAAAACUAAAAAAGUUUCAACUUUUCUGUGGUCUUAAAUAUAGCAGAUGUACAGUAUUAAACACAAUGAAGAGGUUUAAAUGGGAUGAAAAUGUCAUAACAGGUUAUUUUAUCUUUCCCUGUAUACCAGUUAAUCAAAAUGAUAUUUCUAUAAAAAUCAUUUUUUAACAUGAAAAGAAACCAGUUUAGGCACCUAAGCAGCAAUCCAAUUUUCAGAAGAUAAUUUUUCAUACCUUUCAGUGAUUUCCCAUGGAACAGCGGCUACUGGUAGUUAGCAAUUUUAGAAGUCAGACGAUUUAAUGAAGUGUCUGCACGUAGCUUAUAGGCCUGAUUUUAAAUUAGAAAAUUUUGGCCUUAAUUUCUCUGUGUCUUAGUCUUCCCAUCCAUAAUACGGGAAUAAUAUGUGCCUCACAGGCUUUUUGUGAGGUCUGAAUUGUUAAUGUUUGUAAAAUGCUUAGGAAAUAGGAAGCACAUCUAACUACUAUGGAUUGCAAUAUAAAUGUGUAUUCAUAUAUUACAUAUAGAGUAGAUACACACACUCACAUACACACAGUAUAUAUAUAUAUAUAUAUAUAUAUAUGUACACACAUACAUACCUAUAUGAAGUUGGUAUUCAUAACCUUGCUUAAGUUGCAGUUAGAGCACCACCAUUAAAAACGUUAGGACUGUUGACUACUCAACUAAAUGAUUAGUGGACAGAUCUCUUCUGGAAGCAGUUUAGAGCACAGUAAUGUGAGAAUAUCUGGAUGACAUUUUUGAUUUGUACAGCUGUAUCCUCCUCAAAAUCCAGUAAAGAAUGUUAUUUUUCUAGGCUGGGCUUUUGUUAUAAACUAAAAUAUUCAGAAGGCAAGAGAUACAAUCCAAAUGUGUCUUUUUUCCUUUCUUUUUGGCAUUUGUUAAUUCUGAAUGUAUUUUUAACAAAAGUGAUUUUUUUGACUUACUAGUGUAAUUUGCAUUUAAAAAAAAUAAAUGGAAAAAUAUAGGUUUCCAAGCUAUUCAUGGCCCCCUGCUGCUAUUCAGAACUUACAGGAAACUCAGAAUUACUCUUCCCAGCUGAGCAACAAUGCAGGAUAAAGAAUCCUAUUACAUUUACAUGAUGACAAUCCCGAUCUGUGCAGUGCAUGGAUGUGACAGCCCUGAAUAGAAAUUGCCAGGUCAUGACACCAUUUUAACGCUGUCAUAUGUACCAGGUAUUUUCAUUAUCACUGACACUAAAAGGUUUCUUUUACAAGGCUGACUGCAACAGACUCUACUUAGAAAACAGGACUGGUUUUUGCCCACUCAUCAGGAAUUUUAAGCCCAUGAUAGGUAUAGAGUUGCCAACAGUGUUAAGUAUUGCAAAAAUAAUACUUGUUAAGAAUGAGCUGUGUAACAUGGAUAUUUCCUCUGCAUUCAUAUUCUUUUAUAUGCUAUUUAUUGUCCCUACACUGGAAUGAUGGAAUCCUGUUUUAGGAAAAAUGUUUAUAGAGCUCACAUAUAUUGACAGCUUGCCUGAGGUCAUUUAAUAAAGGUGGAGCAGAAUUAUAUAAAUUUUGAAAUACUCAGUCAUGCUCUCUUAGGAUGACUCCUUAGAAAGAGAGUUCUUUCGUUAGGACUUUUUAGGUCUUCAUAAUAGUGCAAGUGAUACUUUUCAGUCAGGUAAGGAGAAAUGGUUUGUGCUCCACCUGCUAAAUCUAAGUACUGUUGACAAUAUUCCACUGCUGCACAGCAUUUUGAUAAAGUGUCGCACAGUUAUCUAUUGAUUGCUGGAUGUCUCCAGAUAGGAAUGGCCAUUAACUCAGUGUCUGAGGCCUUUCAUCACUGGCAUGCUCACCUUCCAUUUGAGCACAUUGAUAGUAGACCAAGCAAAACUCCACACUGUGAAUCACUCCACCUUGUAAUAUUUUCAUUUCCAGUCCUCUGUUUUAGUUUUAAAGGCAAAUACUAUAGCCCCAUUAAUAGUCUAUGUGUAUGUAUUGCUUGCUGACUGUCUACUGAUGAGUAGCUGAGAUGAAAGUGAUGGACUUCUUGAAUUUGUUCCCUAGCUAUUCUGAAUCUGGCUUUUUCCCAGCACGUGUGGAUUGACAGCAGACACUAAAGGUAAGCCAGGUGUUGUUGAAGAACCAAUACAUAGCAGUACUGCAGACAGCACUGCGUCCACUGCUCCUUGGAGAAAGAUGAAGACAUUUGUUAAGCUAAUUGGUCUGCUUCAAGCUAUGUGCAGUAUUAAAUGCAAUUACAAUGCAUAAAAGAAACUGCCCUUUAGACUGCAAUUACUCAUUCACAUACAGAAGUGGCACAGCACAGAAUCAGUAAAAGAGAUUUUCCUCCUGUAGUCACCAAUAUGCUUCAUCUCCUGACAUGGAUUGGAGAAAUCAGCUCUGUUUGAUCUCAUGUCCUGACAAGUCCCUCUGUUCAGACCUUCAACAAGAGAAGCAAUUACAGCUAGUUAAAGCUGAGACCUUGGCACAGCUGAGUGGUUUAGGAAGAUACUGUACCAAAUGUGAAGUUCUAAGUAGCACCAUGCAUACAUUUGUUGCACAUCUCUCUCCAUACGUACAAAAGAAGGGUCUUUUAAAAAUGCACUUUUCCUUUAUCUCUCAGAAACCAAUUGAAACAGAUUAUGUCUUUUACAAGUGUCUUCCAAAAUCCUGCCAAGAUCACAAAAGAUCACUUUUUAUUUUUCAAUAAAAAGUCCAAUAAAAACACCAAUUUUUCUGCUCUCUUUUGAGUAGAAGACGUAGCUUUUGGGACUUCCAACUGCCUUGAGAUUAUUAUUGUGGAUAGAUAGAAGCACUAUGAAACAUGAGAAACAUGAGAAUUAAAAAAUAAAUAAUGUUUGUGGUCAUCUCUGAUUCAAAAUUAUAUCUCUACAAAAGCCAUGCUUCUCCAUCCAUCUGGAUGGAGGAAAAGGGUCUUUAUUGCCAUCUGGUACCUUAUCAUUUUCCCAGCUUUGCCUUUGUCCUGAUGGGAAAUAGGUUAUGGGGAGCUUAAGGUGAAGAGGCAUGUUCACAUCCAGCAUGUGCUCUCAAAAAGCCCCCAGUUCUGCCACACAGACAUUUCACACCUAGUUAAUUUCUCUCUCUCUGUCACCAUCUUCUCGUGCCAUUCUCACUGUCUCUCUUCCUGAACACAGCCCCAAAUACCCUCCCAAAAUUACGUACUGCUCUUUGUCACACCCAUUGCUUCCAACUCACAUAAAGGUGGCAAUGGCAGCCGUGGAGGAGUGUCACUGAGGAUGGGUGCAAAAUGACAAGAAGAGGAAGCACAAGGUUAUGUACAUUCUCAAAAAGCCCCAGACAGGGAGACAUUUAACCAAAUGUAAAGGUUGGCAGCAUUACAGAAGCCAGGAGACGCAGCAAGCCCUGGCUGGAAUCAUAAUUCCAUUUGCUAAAGCUAUAGCUCACUAAGUACAGAGAAAGUCAUAAAUAUCCAGAGCUACAAAAGGCACAGGUGAAUUAGAAGAAAUUAAUAAAAAAUGUUUGUGAACACAUUUACUGGAUUAGAUUCACGUUUCCUUUUCUCCAAGAAUUUUCUCAGGAUUGUGUUUUUCCCCCUUGCAAACAUUUAGAUAGUUGAUUUCUUUGCAUGCAGGUGAAUAUUUUGUUCCUAGGAGAGCACACAAAUAUGUGCAAUUGCUUUAAUUUGCAUAGUAUUUUCCAUAUUGAUGCAUCUGUGUGCAUUUGUGGUAAAUGUUGGCUCAGUUCACUCAGUCACACAUACAUGCACACAUACACACACCUGUUAUGUGGCUAUAUUUUAUGGUGGAGAUACAUAACCACACACAGUCUCUCACCUUUUCUGCUUAGCUUUUCCUGUCCCUCCUCUCAAGAUAUUACAAGUCCUAUGUGUUUAUUUUCUAGACAGGGAUUUGGUACACAAAAAUUAUUAUUUCUGAUAAUUACUGGAUGUACAAGCAUGGUGCAAUCUAUGAAUAGAGUAAAUAAGACAGUCCUUUCUACAAAGGAUUUAUGUGAUAAAUAAAGCAAGUUAAUGAGAACAUUUCAAGCAGGAAAAAAAAGAAAAAUAUGAUCUCACAUUCCCCCCCCGCUGUUAAACUUCAGUUAGUCAAAGAAGUGGGUGACAAAAAAAAUUCAGAAAAAGGAGAAGGUGAUACAGUUAUUUACAGCAUUACAUAUAAGAAUUAAGUAAAAGAAUCAGCCAGCUAUAUCUUACUAGGAUAUCCAAUUAAUCUAUGGUAGCUCCAUAUGGACAUAUUAUAUCUUAUUUUACAUUUUAAAGGCAUUUAAAACAGUAGCUAUGGAAGAAGUACAAACAUCAAAGGGAUUGCAUAUUGAUGUAAUCACAAAAGGUUGAUGGAUUGAUUCAAUUAAUCAGUGACUCAUUUCUAAGAGUUCUGCAGGGAUUUAUUUACCAAACACUUACAUUGUUUAUUUUGCUCUCUGGACGGUUUGUAUAGUGUCAUUUUUCUUCAUUAUUCUUCUUGUUUCAUUCAUCAGUUUCUGACAAAUGUUUUCAUGCUGAUAUGUGGCAUGUUAGGCAUGUAAAUUGUCUACACUUACUGAUUUAAAGCAGUGUACUCCAAACUCUCAGGAUCUGAGAACUUUUGUUUAUUUCCCUCAGGUCCUGAGAAACACUAGCCAUCUAUAAUUAAUAUAAAGAUGUGUUUUCCAUUUAAUCUUUGCUUUUAGUGUCUGCUCAACAUGGCAAAGAUGUAAGGUCUUUUCUAGUGUAACCUCCUGCUUAAACUUUAGAGAGAAACUUACUAGGAAAAACAUUUUGAACACUCUUGACAGUAAAUAGAAUAACUGUUCCCUCUUUGGUUUUCCUUAUGUUUUGUAGUUCAAAUCCAGGAAAACAAUGCAAGAAUGUUUUAAGGAGGUCAGCACUUUCACGAUGGUUUCCAUAAGUUUAGAUAAGAUUUUACAAGGGCAAGAAGUGAUAGGACAAGGGGGAAUGGCUUUAAAAAUGAAAAAGGGAAGCUUAGGUUAGACAUUAGGAAAAAAUGCUUUCCUUUGAGGAUGGUGAGGCACUGGAACAAGUUGCCUGGAGAAGUGAUGGAUUCCCCAUUCCUGAAAGUGUUCAAGGCCAGGUUAAUGCUGAGCGAAUUGGCACAGACAGGAAAACAAGGGCAACCAUCAAACCACAGCUGAAAUGCAAAGACUGUAUUUAUUUCAUUGUCUUGCUUACAAUGCAUUCCGAGCAGCAGAGACACACAGGGACACAGGCUCCAUCCUGCUUUAAUUCAUCCCAGCAGGCAGCAGCAAUCCAGUCUAGUGAAAAGUCUCCCUAUUCAUGGCAGGGGUUUUGGAACUAGAUGAUCUUUAGGUUCCUUCAAACUCACAUCAUUUCAUGGUUCUAUGAUUUUCUCUUUUAAUGUUGUCGCAUGUCUUUCAAAGUCAAUACAUAGAGAUGGCCAAAUUUGGACAAGUCACAGAUUUCAAAAUGGCAGAUAUUGGGCAUAAUAGAGGUCUGUGAAAGAUGAAGAACUGAAACCAAAAGGAAACCAUUCUUUGAAAGUGUUGAGUCUCAUUUGGGCAAAUAUUUUUAUUUUAAACUCUCAGGAACCCUAAACAGCUUUUUUUUUUUUUUUUUUUUUAAAUUAACAUAUUAAUUGCAUGCAUACAUGCAGCAUGGGUGUGAUUUACAGGCAUCUUCAGCAGUGGUCAAAUUCUUCACUUUUAGGUGGCUAGGAACAACUCCUCAGGAAAAGUGAAAGACCAUAGACCCAGUGACAAGCGCCCUGGCAGUCUGCAUCAUGGGACAGCCCUUCCCCAAUGGAUUUAGAAAACUCCACCCUACCUAUUAAACCAACUGUAACAGACAGAUGGAGACAGGCACCUCUCAGUGAUAGCGGGUGACACACACAGAAACACAGGACGUUCCCUCUGAACAUCAGCAAACUCUUUCUUACUGUCAGAGUCACCAAGCACUGGCACAGAUUGCCCAGGGAGGUGGUGGGGUCUCCAUUCUUGGAGACUGUCAAAUCUUGAUUGGACUUGGUCCUGGACAAUGCUCUGUAGGUGGCCCUGCAUGAGCAGGGUUGCUGGAGACAACAGUCACCAGAAGCACCUUCCAGCCCCAACCAAUCUCUGAUCCUGUGAUUUGCCUCUCAUUCAAGCUAUAUUUUUUCUCUGUUGGAAAUACUCCUAGCAUCUCAAAAGGACACAAAAAUCAUCCUUUUUAGUCUGAGGUAGUCUUGGAAUUAAGCAUUGGGGUGAACAAAACAGGUCUGCAUAUUAAGAGAGAAAAAACCCCCAUCAGUUUCUACAAUGCAUUGAUUAUUAUUUUUCCCUUAUUUGAGUCUCCUAUAGUUGGCCAGUUGAAUGAAAUCCCAUCUUCAUUAAGGCCAGUGAGAAUCUUGCUGAUUGUUUCAAUGAGAUUUCAAGAUCUCGUACUUUGUGAUUAAGAUGUCUGAAUAUUUGCUAUCCUUGAAAAACAAAAACUCACAGCCGUUAUCCUCAAUAAUUUUUAAAUGCUCUACAAAAAUUGAGAUUGUUUUUUUCCCUUUUCAUGCCCAGCAUUUGUGAAACACAUAAUCUGGUGAUAUAAAAAUUUUAUCUGUACUCUUUUGUGCUGACCCAUAUAACUUGCUCAUUGCCACAUUUGUACCAGUAAAAUCUUUCCAUCAUU